AGUAUCAAGACUACAAUAUACACUACAUCAUCAUGAACAAGCUAACACUUGCUUUCGCUCUUGCAAUUUUUGCCUUUGUGUGCAGCUGCCAAGUUAAUUCGCUGCCGACUGGAGAAGAAGGGUUGCACGUGGUAGAGUCUACUCAGCAAGACCACGUUCGUGUCAAAAGGUUCACCUGCGACAUUUUGGGGAGUGAUGCUGCUUGCUCUGUCCAUUGUAUGGGUCAUGGACACAGAGGGGGUUACUGUAACGAUGAAAAAGUCUGCGUGUGCCGUGAUUAAUUAAAUACAUUUCAAUCAAUGGCACCAUUAUGAAUUUAACAAAACAAUAAAAUUGUUUUAUUCUUUU